AAAUGGCCACGUUUCCAGUGCAAAACCCCUGCGCGAAUUUGAAUUCGCGCGAGAACUGCCGGCGAGUCGCCAUGGAGCCGGGCGGUGGCGGUGGUCCGGGGCUGCUCAUUGUCAAUAAUAAGCAACGGAAUUCGGGGCUCGGACUGACGCCGCCGGCGGGAGGAAAAGGCCGGGAACUCAACCGCAACCAGCGCAAGGACUCAGAGGGCUAUUCGGAGUCACCAGACUUUGAGUUUGAAUAUGCAGACACGGACAAAUGGGCUGCUGAGCUGUCAGAACUGUACAGCUACACUGAAGGCCCUGAAUUCCAACUCAACAGGAAGUGUUUUGAAGAGGAUUUUAGGGUCCACGUGCAGGAUAAAAAAUGGACAGAACUGGACACCAGUCAGCAUCGCACCCAUGCUAUGAGGCUUCUUGAUGGCCUUGAGGUUACUGCUCGGGAGAAAAGGCUCAGGGUGGCCCGAGCCAUCCUUUAUGUUGCACAAGGUACAUUUGAUGAAUGCAGUUCUGAAGCUGAAGUUCAGUCCUGGAUGCGAUACAACAUUUUCCUUCUACUGGAAGUUGGCACUUUCAAUGCUUUGGUGGAACUUUUGAACAUGGAAAUUGACAACAGUGCAGCCUGCAGUAGUGCAGUGAGGAAGCCUGCCAUCUCCCUGGCAGACAGCACAGAUCUAAGGGUAUUGCUGAAUAUUAUGUACCUUAUUGUAGAAACAGUCCGUCAAGAAUGUGAAGGAGACAAGCCUGAGUGGAAGACAAUGAGACAAACAUUCAGAGCAGAAUUAGGGGCACCGCUUUAUAACAAUGAGCCAUUUUCUGUUAUGCUCUUUGGGAUGGUGACCAAAUUCUGCAGUGGCCAUGCUCCACACUUCCCUAUGAAGAAGGUGUUGCUGCUCCUCUGGAAGACUGUCUUGUGUACCCUUGGAGGAUUUGAGGAACUUCAGGAUAUGAAAGCAGAGAAGCGAGAGAUGCUGGGUCUCCCCCCACUUCCUGAGGACAGUAUCAAAGUAAUCCGCAAUAUGAGGGCUGCUUCUCCUCCAGCAUCUGCUUCUGAUUUGAUUGAGCAGCAGCAGAAACGGGGCCGGCGGGAACACAAGGCUCUUAUUAAACAGGAUAAUCUAGAUGCUUUCAAUGAGCGGGAUCCCUACAAAACUGAUGACUCCCGUGAAGAUGAGGAGGAGAAUGAUGAUGAUAAUAGCCUUGAGGGAGAAACAUUCCCUCUUGAAAGAGAUGAGGUGAUGCCUCCUCCUAUCCAGCACCCUUCAACUGACCGGCUGACUUGCCCAAAAGGUUUGCCUUGGGCACCCAAGGUCAGAGAAAAAGACAUUGAAAUGUUUUUGGAAUCCAGUCGGAGUAAAUUCAUUGGCUACACCUUGGGGAAUGACACCAACACUGUGGUGGGACUUCCCAGACCCAUUCAUGAAAGUAUCAAAACUUUGAAACUGCACAAGUAUACAUCUAUUGCAGAAAUUCAAGUACAAAUGGAAGAAGAGUACUUGCGUUCCCCUUUGUCAGGGGGGGAAGAGGAGGUUGAGCAAGUUCCUGCCGAAAUCUUGUACCAGGGUCUACUUCCUAGUUUGCCCCAGUACAUGAUUGCCUUACUGAAAAUCCUGCUGGCUGCAGCACCCACCUCCAAAGCCAAGACUGACUCCAUUAACAUCCUGGCAGAUGUUUUACCUGAGGAGAUGCCAACAACUGUGUUGCAGAGCAUGAAACUGGGAGUUGAUGUGAAUAGGCACAAAGAGAUAAUUGUAAAAGCAAUAUCUGCUGUGUUGCUGCUGCUACUCAAACACUUCAAACUAAAUCAUGUGUAUCAGUUUGAAUACAUGGCCCAGCACCUGGUAUUUGCCAACUGUAUCCCUCUUAUAUUGAAAUUCUUCAAUCAGAACAUCAUGUCAUACAUUACUGCUAAGAAUAGCAUCUCUGUUUUGGAUUAUCCGUACUGUGUGGUACAUGAGUUACCUGAGCUGACAGCAGAGAGCCUGGAAGCUGGGGACAACAAUCAGUUUUGCUGGCGCAAUCUGUUUUCAUGCAUCAAUCUUCUUAGGAUACUGAAUAAGUUAACCAAGUGGAAACACUCUAGGACAAUGAUGUUGGUGGUAUUCAAGUCUGCUCCCAUUUUGAAAAGGGCUCUCAAAGUGAAGCAAGCCAUGAUGCAGCUCUACGUUCUGAAGCUUCUCAAAGUUCAGACAAAAUAUUUGGGGCGACAAUGGAGGAAGAGCAACAUGAAGACCAUGUCAGCGAUAUACCAGAAAGUGCGGCAUCGCCUCAAUGAUGACUGGGCUUAUGGCAAUGAUCUAGAUGCGCGUCCAUGGGACUUCCAAGCUGAGGAGUGUGCUCUGCGUGCAAGCAUAGAGCGUUUCAACUCUCGCCGCUACGACCGCGCACAUAACAACCCGGAAUUCCUUCCUGUGGAUAACUGUUUGCAAAGUGUUCUGGGCCAACGUGUGGAGUUGCCUGAAGAUUUCCAAAUGAAUUAUGAUUUGUGGCUGGAAAGAGAAGUCUUCUCUAGACCCAUCUGCUGGGAAGAACUGCUGCAGUGAUAUUUGCUGCAGAUCAUCUGAGACCUGACAUAUGUGCGCAAGCCCAGGUUCUUCCUUUUCAGUCAGCCAAGUGUAGGGAGGAGAUGUCAUUUUUUCAUGCAACUUGUAACCUGCCAUUCUUCUUUUCUCCUCCAAGUGGCAGCAUGGCUUUGUACAGCUCUGGAGGACUUGCUAGUCUCGUUCUCCUAAACCUUUUGGGCUGCCUCAAUUACUGGUUGAUUUGAAAGGUGCAGAACGGAAUUUCAGUGGUUCAGCUUGAAAACUAGAAUCAGUUGAACGACUUUCAACAAAAUGCCAAUGUAAGCCUUGAAUAUUGCUCAAGGGAAAUGUUCUGUGCUUCUUUUUGUUAAGUUCUUGUCAUGCUUCUGUUCACUGAACUCAGCUGGCUACUUUGUACCAAAACUUGAAUGAAGGCUUUCUUUACUAGGCCCUGUACCUCCACCCCCAGUGAACAGAAUGCCAUCCUUUCUGGGCUGGUUUCUAGGAAAGAGCAGCACCUUCAUGGUGUGUAGAAGGUGGGAAAGAAAAAUGAAAUGGUGUACCAUUGUCUGUGCUGAUGUAGGGAAAGGAUGUCUCUGUGGUCCUAUUAGUGCAUGCAGGGACUGAAUAUAAUUGGUGUGAAUUGAACGUGUUUAUGGCAGUGACAACAGUUCUCACACCUGCUGAUUUUGUGGCAGGUGGUGGAAAUAUAACUGGCUUGCUUCAGCUGGGGAAGUGAGAAAGCAGCUUUAUUAAAAUGAGGGAUCCUGUCCCAUUUUUAUCCUCUGGAUGGAAGGGAAAACUUUGUCAUAAUUGUCAGUUUGCCCCCCCCCCCCCUUCCCUAUCGCAGCUACUGAAUGUUAAUAUCCGUUAGGACUCUCUGGAAGCUACACCUAAGAAAGGCAAGCUCUAACAUGGUUCCUCAGGUUCCCUCCUUGUUCAGUCCUUUCCCUUCCACUAUCAGGGGUCUGCAACCUGCAGCUCUCCAGAUGUUCAUGGACUACAAUUCCCAUCAGCCCCUGCCAGCACGGCCAAUUGGGGCUGAUGGAUUUGUAGUCCAUGAACAUCUGGAGAGCUGCAGGUUUGCAGACCUCUGCACUAGACUGAGAUUUUGGCUUUCAAACUAUUUUUAGCAGGUGCACUUGCCAAUGUAAUUGCCUUUCUUGGCCUCCUGGUAGGGCCCCAUUUGUGCCUGUGUCCUAUUAGCCUCCAAGUUCCUCAAUGUUGAUGCCCAGGUGAAUCAUCCAUCCUAUGGUGAUGAUCUAAUGUGGCAAACUGAUGGGAAACAUGUUUAGAUUGCAUUAUUGGAGAAUGCAGGUUGGGGAUGUGCAUAGUUUGAACGUUCUUUCAUAAAAAGCAUUUAUCACACAUAGAAAGCUAGUAUGGUGGGAGAGAAGGAUUAACUUGAUGCCUGGCAGUUUUUUGUGUGUGGAAAUGUUUUUGAUACGUGUAGCAGUACAAUCAUGUGAGCUCCUACCUGCAGUGGUACAGUACUCAUUUGCCACCUCACUAUUGUUUGCAACAACUGAGCAUCUAAAUCCCUGCGAACUGUUACUGUGUGUGAAGAAUGAGGUGGAAGAGAAGGCAUUUAUUUAAAAGAAAUAGUAAGUAGACAUGUAGUAGAUGCUCCAUCUUCCUUAAGAGAUGGUAUCAGUGGCAGGAUUCAGCCUAUUCGCACCUAUUCGGUAGAACUGGUAGCUAAUGUUUUUUCUAAUUCAGAGAACUGGUUGUAAUCCCACCACUUAGUCCUUUCGGGACCGGUUGUUAAAUUAUUUGAAUCCUACCACUGGAUGGUAUCUACUAUGAGAGUCAGUUCACGCACGAUUCAAUUGGAUUACUGUAGUUGCACUAUAAACCUUCAGGAAUAACAAGCAAGUACAAAGGAAAUUAUCAUGUAGACUUGCAAUCUAACAUCUUUUUUUCUAUUUCUGCUUUGAGAUUCGAAGACUAUUUACUUGGAAGUAAGUCCCAUGAAAUGAGUGGGAUUCCUUAGUAAACAUAUUUAGAACAUUAAAAUGUCAGUUAUACUUUUGGACGGGACAGCCCUUUUCACUAAGCCUGAUAUAUCCAACACUCCUGUAAGAUUAAUUUAUAUUAUUUAGAUUGAAGCACAUUCUUCAACCAGAGAGCAGUAGAGACCAAUGCAUAUUUUGCUACUUACAGUGAGAAUCAAAUGAAGUAAAGUAAAUGCAGCUAGCUACUAGGCAGCCAGUCCAACAAUUGUGAUGCAGCUGGGAUGAGAACCUCCAGCUUUUUCAAGAGGUAACAUCCUAAGAAAGUAAUGUAUCUUCUGCGCUAUGAACAGUGUAUUGGUUUCUGUAUGAUCAUGCAUCCAAAGCAUGUAGUCACAUAAAAGAAUAUGAUCAAGCAUUAAAACAGUAAAACACUGUUCAUCUUACAACUCUUGGCAUGAGUGUGUGAACUCUGGAAUUUCAAGUGCCUUCUAUUUCUUCUCAGAAGAGAUGUGGGGACUUUGGAAGGAAAGUGCAGAAUCUGUUUCUUCCUAAUGUGCAACCCAAGUUAUCAGUCUUCUUCUUGCUUGAUAUGCUGGCAGCUUCAAGGAAUCGCUGGCUAUGGAGUAAGGGAAACUUGAUGGUGAUUGGUACUUGCUUGGUGUGGAGACAUGUGAACAUCCUGAGAAUCAUUGUACCUAAGUAUUCUCUUGUACUUGCAUUGUUCAGGAUUUUUUUCCAAUCUUCCCCCUGAUUAAACUAGUUUGAUGGAGCUACAGCCAAAGUCUUUCUUCACAGGGCAUCCUGGGAGAAAGGGACCAACCAACAACGUAUUACUUAUAGAAAAAGUUUCUAGGGCUCCAAGCUUAUAUAGUAACUCACAAGUAGACAAGGGAUCCCCACAAAGAGAUGAGCACAUCUUGAUGUUCAGGCUGAUGCUCUUCCAGAUGUGGGAUAGGUGAAGGCUUCAUGUGGUGAAAUGAAGAAAAUUGUAGGUUAUUGGGGUAAUGUAUGGAAGAAUUACAUCAAUUGUAGGAAUUCAUUUCUACUUUCCUUCUCACUUCCUUUCACACAGCAGAUUCACACAGACCAGAUUUCCCAUCCCCCAGGACUCAAGCCAACCCAACAGUACUGUUUUCAGAAAUGAUAGGCCACCUUUCCAUAAUUAAACUGGCACUUAGAGUGAUAUAUAGCAUAUUGAUUAAAAUCUUAAAUCAAUCUAAAAAUAGCAACAGUCUUAAACAUCAGACGAAAAAUUAUAGUGGCAAAAUAUGCACAAAAAUAGCAAUAAAAAUGCAGUGAAUAUAAUUAGUUAAUCUGCACAAGGCCUGCAUUUGUCAAUAAAAUAAUUGAAAUGCAGGUUAAGGCUAUAGUUGAUAUUGGAAAUACCAUAUUCCCUGACAGGAGCAAGGUAGUUCAACUGAUUUGCAGAACACUAAGAGUUGAGGAGGCAUGACGAGCCCUCCUCAAGGAGAGAAGAGUCCUGUGCUCUAAACCAUUUACCCCUGCUGAGUGCUUCCUCAUUUUUCUUUAUAACCAAGGUCCACACCCACAAGCUAAGGAAGCUUUUUCAUUCUGUACAUUUACCUGAAAGAUGGCCUGAAUGUAAAACAUUCCACUUUAAAAAGGGUUAAACACAAAUGGUUUUAUUGCAGUGCAUAUAUACAACCCGUAUGUGUGCUAAUCCCUCUCAUGGUACCUGUAGGUGAAAACUUAGUCUUCCUUUCAGAUAAAUUCAAUAUCACAUACUAGGUCUGGGGCUAUGACUUGUGUCUUCUUGCAUUCAUUCAUCUUCCCAGUGGAAAAACAAAGUCCUCUCUUGUUGGAGAGGGUUGAAAAGCAGGGGUUUCAGGUCAAAAUAACUUGGGCAGUCUGUUUACUAUGCCUUCCAUUGCAGAGGAUAGCAGCUGAGGCUGAGGGACUCCUUCCAGCAUCAAACUAUCAGGUAAGAGAACCAUCCAUCGCCUUAUAGAUGGUAGAAGCAAGGGUGAAGCACUGGCCAGAAAUAAUGUGAGCCAGGUACCAAAUUAGUGAACAUAAUUGGCCUAGCUGCAAGUUGCCUUUUAGGUUUUGGGAGACCUUCUCUAGUAACCCUUCCAGUUAUUUACCUACAAGAGAGUUUGGAAUUCAGUGCUUUACCUGGAGACCAAAUUUAACAGUGCAAGGUCAUUUUGGACACAUACAAGUUGUGAAUG